AUGAUUGCAAGGUUAUUGACUGACGAUUUGCCAAAGUGUAGAAAUACCUGCGUUGCUUCUUAUUUCUCUAGAUUAGGUGGAAAUGCCAAUACAAAUGAUGACUACUUGUGUUUCUAUUGCCAAAUGGAUGAAAACUCCUGUUUAUAUGGAGUAUUCGAGCCUCACAAUGGACUGGAUGCAGCCAAGUUCAUCAUGCAGAGGAUGGCCGUGGAGAUCCUGUUCCCGACUACAUCUUCUAACAACACCACCGAUGAAGAGAUACGCGAUAGGCUCAGGAAUGCCUUCGUCUCUGUGGAGAAAGCGUAUAAUGAGAACUAUGAUGCAAUGAUAGCUGAACGUACAAGUUUACAGUACCAACUGCAGACUUCUGAGUCUCAGUUGUCCCAAAACUCGAUCCUAGCUCGUCUCAAAGAGAUAGACAAGCACCUAUCAGGUGGCGCCACAGUCGUCAUCGCACUUGUCUACAACAAUAAACUGUUCGUCGCUAACGUUGGUGAAACACGAGCAUUACUCUGCAAGACUGAUGAUAAUGCUGUUCUGAGGGUUGUGCAAUUGACCGUGGACCAUAGCUUGAACAACGAGGACGAGUUGCUGAGGCUGUCUCAACUCGGCCUGGAUGUUAGCAAGCUGAGGAAUUCCCAGUACCUGGGCAACCAGUCGGGCACGCGCUGCCUGGGCAACUACCUCGUGAAGAGCCUGUACCGAGGCGUGCCCGCGCUGCGCGCGGCGGCCGCGAGCCCCGUGCUGUGCGCGCCCGACCUGCUCGGGCCCGUGGCGCUCGACCGCAGCUGCAGAUUCUUGGUCAUCGUAAGUGCUGGGGUAUACAAACGCAUACAAGAAACCCGCGGCAGCAGCGAACAGACAAACAAACAGUUAGCCCAAAUCAUAGUUGAACAUUUCCGUAAACAGGACUUUAACAAAGUCAGUCAAUCGGUGUUAGAAGAAAUCGAAGAGGAAUUCGUCUCUUACUGCGUUAGAAACAAUUUGACACCAAAAUCUAACACCCACAUGUCUUUAUUGAUAAGGAAUUUGAACUUCCUACCCCCAAAUGAGGGUAGUAACACACCAAAGAAUAAUGUUAGAUUCAAUCCUAUAGUGCAAUCAAAAUCGAACACUCUGUUGAAUGAGCUUGAUGAGUACUCAUCGAGUAAUAUGUCCAAUUCGAUUGUAGAUACAAAUCGAUCGUGUGAAUCGUCUUUGGAUAUGUAUCCGAAUGAAAGACCUCAUGAUCAGGAUAAAAAAAUUAAAGGUUAUGUCGAUUUUUCUUGUUAUUACGAGAAUGUGGCUAAAGCUAAAGCAAACGGAAGCUUGCCGCCUUUUAUUGAAUAGUUAUAAGGCAUUUUUUGUCAUGGUACCUAGUCGUUUUUAUUUAUUUUUAUGUAAUUUUAAUACAAUGUGUAAGUAAAUGUGAACAAAUGUGUGCCUUAUCACCACGGAAAUAAAGUCUUUUUUCGGUUAAUUAAAUUUUUCCACUACUGUGCUAAUUUUCGUUAAGUAUAUAAUAAAUUUUUAUUCCUACAAAAUUAAUUGUAUUUUGUAUUUUUUACCAGUUGCAUCACAGUAUUGAAUUGUACUUAUGUUAGUGUAAGUUUUAUGUGUUGGUAAUAAAUUGAUUUAUAUAA